AUGGCUUCGAACGGAGAGCAAACAGACAGUCAAGGUGUCGACACCUUUGUUUCGCGCAACAAGCAAUGGAGAGUCAGCACGCGCAAGAAGCCAAUUCUUAAGGCCGGUCCCAUCGACGCCAUGAACGAGAAGCUCGGUAUACCCGUGCCUGAGAUGAUCUUCGGCGACAACGUAGUUGCUGUCGAGCAUGUUCCUUCGGGCUGGGCCAUUGACUUCAACGCAUUCGAUGCUCUUGACCGCGUCUCCAAGACAGCCGAUGGCAUGUUGCAAGUCGCAUACUCCAAAGAAUGGCAGAAAGACCGUCAACAUCACCAUGAAGGCAUCAAGGAAGUCGUCAAGCCAUUUGACUGGUCGUACAGCACAGACUUCAAGGGCCGCACUCACAGCCCAGAUUCCUCUGUUGUCUGGCAGCCCACAGACAGCUCCAAGGACCCCAUCAGGACCGAUCUUCUUUCGCGUCCGGAUCCCAUACUUUUCUACGACGAUGUCAUCUUCUACGAAGACGAGCUGGCUGACAACGGCAUCGCCAUCUUCAGCUGCAAGAUUCGUGUCAUGGCUGAACGUCUCCUUCUCUUGUGUAGGUUCUUCCUCCGUCUAGACGGAGUCAUCGUACGCGUUAGAGAUACGAGGGUCUACAUUGAGCUGGGCUCCAAGACUGUCAUUCGACAGUACACCGCCAAGGAAGAAUCAUACGAUGUCGUCCAGUCCAAGCUGCAGGCCCACAGGGAAAACAUCCCCGAGGUCCUGCGUGAUGCCAAUCGCAUCGCCCCUCUUCUGCGGACUGUUGAAGACACGAUGGACAAGAUCGUCAUUCCUUGA